ACUAGGUUAGACUGCCUAGAUAUUUUUAGCAUAUGGCAAUUAUAACACAUUCGAACUGUGAAUGAGACCAAGUUAAUAGUCAAUGCAUCAAGCCCCAACCGGUGUUGUUAAGCAUAUAUAAACAUGUAAUAAGUAACUUUAUUUGCGUCUCAAGUUCUUACGCAAUAUUUACUUAUCUAUACAAAGCUACAUUGGAUCGUGUAUUGAAAUAAAAUGGAGCGAUCUCUCGACGAUGUUAUCAAGAAUAAUUUGAGUGGAAACGAAUUGAGAGAAUUUAAUAGAAUAUAUUAUGGAAGGAGCGAGCACUGUGAGUUGAAAAUAAAUAAUUCUACAAAAGAUGCAGGCGUAAAAUAUAAUUUUGAUGUUUUGGGGUAUGCGUUUCACGCCUCAAAGGAGCAACUUCGUGAACCGAGAAUUUUGAGGUUAGGUUUGGUACAACAUUCAAUUGUUUUAUCAACUGAUAAGCCCAUAAAUGAACAAAGGCAAGCCAUAUUCGAUAAAGUAGAAAGAAUUAUUGAUGCAGCGGCUUCGGAAGCGGUGAAAAUAUUGUGUUUACAAGAAACAUGGUCGAUGCCUUUCUUUUUGUGCACAAGAGAAAAAGAACGAUGGGCUGACUUUGCAGAAUCUGCUGUUGACGGACCUAGUACAAAAUUCCUCAGCAAGUUGGCUAAAAAAUACGAAAUAAUUAUCAUAUCACCGAUAUUGGAAAAUGAGGAUGGUGUUUGGUGGAAUACGGCAGUAGUUAUCAAUGAACAGGGCAAUUAUGUUGGUAAACACCGUAAAAACCAUCUGCCAAGCGUUGGAAGUUUUAGUGAAACAUCGUAUUAUGAACCUGGCAACACCAACCAUCCAGUAUUUGAUACGAAAUACGGAAAAAUUGCUGUAAAUAUUUGCUAUGGGCGGCAUCAUGCAUUAAAUUGGUUGAUGUUUGCUCUGAAUAGAGCUGAGGUAGUUUUUAAUCCGUCAGCAACUAUUUCAGAAUUCGGUGAAUCAUUCUGGGGUAUUGAGGCUCGCAAUGCUGCUAUAGCCAAUGGGUACGUCACUUGUAGCAUCAAUAGAGUUGGAACAGAAGAAUUUACUGUUGGUAAAGACACAAUUAAAAGGUCUUACUACGGUUCCAGUUACGUGACUGCUCCCAAUGGGUUUAGAACACCAGGCUUACCAAGAAAUCGAGACGGUUUACUGAUAGCAGAAGUUGAUCUGAACCAAUGUAGACAAAUAUGAGAUCAGUGGGGAUUUCAUAUGACUUCGCGUUUAGAAAUGUACGCUGAUAAGCUCCAGAAAGUUGUUGAAAACUGAAAUAAAUAUUUUUUUCUCUUA